AUAGAGGGAGGGAGGGAGAGAGAAAGAAAAAAAUAGACAGAAACCGGACGAGCUGCGCGGAGUACAUUCGAUGUCGCAUUCGGGUGCAGUCAGUGGCAACAAUCGAAGCGACCGUUAGGACAUCAGUGACAGUCCUCUGGGACAGAAUUGGGAUUGAUCGUUCACACCCGGGAAUAGUCGAAUAUCUCGAAAAUAGCGACGGUUGAGGCAGUGAACGAGAGAUUUUCUCGCAAAAGGACUCUCUGGGACGAGGCAACGGCACCAGUGUGUGAAAUUCGGAGCGUAGACACAAGUAGAUUAUUCCUCGAACAAUUAUAAACGGUGUGUAAUACGUGUCAACGGACUCGGAUGGUCGUUUCGAGGACUGCUUUCGUCUCGUUGAGUUAGUGAUUUCGCAGAAAAACAAGCGGACUCGCACUGCCGCGGACGCCGAUCAUCAAUUAGAGUGUGCGUUACAACCGCGAGAGGAAUCGCAGCGGCUCGACCUGAGAGAGUUGCCACGACCGUUUCUGCCGAACGCAAGAUUUCACCUGCAAGAAUCAGCGUCUGAUCUAUUGGAUGGCGAUCGAGGAGGGUAAUCGCGAGGCGCGUUUACCGCCGGCCCAAGACGGCGACGACGACCGGAGGAACCAGCCUUCCACUUCAAGGGGGGAGCCCGCGCGUGUAGGAGUGAUGAACCAACAGUGCAAGGUGUGCGGCGAGCCGGCUGCGGGCUACCACUUCGGGGCGUUCACUUGUGAGGGUUGCAAGUCGUUCUUCGGUCGCACGUACAACAACGCCAAUAACAUCACGGAUUGCAAGAACGGUAACCAAUGCGUGAUCAACAAGAGGAACCGCACCACCUGCAAGGCCUGUCGCCUGCGGAAAUGCCUCGUCGUCGGCAUGUCCAAGUCGAGCUCGCGCUACGGCCGCCGCUCGAAUUGGUUCAAGAUCAACUGCCUCCUGGCGGAUAAACACGAUCCGAAUCUGAGCCUACCGCCGGGCGCCAUCGCACCGUACCCGCCGAACUACCUGGUAGACUUCCUCAGACGCACCGAGAGCCACUCGUUCAACAACACCAACAACAACAAUAACAGCAACGACAAUAGAGCGGACCUGCCGUCGCCCAGCCGGGGCGACUUGGCGCAGCAAUUGCAGUCGCGGCUGGCGACUCUGCAGGUCGCGAUGAUGAAUCAAGAACAAGUAGGUCGGCAGUCCGACUCCGACUCCGACGGAGUCACGGAGGAGCCGGUUCCGGGCAGCUCGCGUGCCUGGCGGGACGGCCCGUCGCAACCAGAGGCGGCCGGGGGCGCGGAGGAAGACGCUGCUGCCGGAAGAAACAUUCCGCCAGAGGGGAACGCUACCUCGCAGAACGUCGUGCGAUUCAGUGCGCCCUCGUCGUUCGGCUUCAUGAGUGCACCGAGCGCUUCGAUGUCACCGAGACCGAGCACGUCACAGAGCGUUCCUUACACUCUGAUGUUGAACGACCUCGAAUUCAGCAGAACGUACGGAAACAUGUACAGGAGGUCCAACUCGGCGAGUGAGGCCGGCUCCGCGGACGGCAGCUCUAGCGACGGGGAUCGCAUGCGCGAUCAUGAGCUCCGCAGUAGCUCCGAGCGACUCAACCGCACCAACUCGCCGUCCUCGUCGGAGGUCUCGCCCAGAAACACGGUCAACGCUACCCUAACCUUCCGAGCGGCUUACCAACGCGGUUUGUGUCAAUACAUGGGCCUGAACAUGGCGUACCCGCCGCGGGAUCUCGUCACGCCGACCACCUCGCAGAACAGCCUGGCGGGUGGCGAUCGCCUAUUAAUUAGCCCUAACCCAGGCCGCCUCGCCGACGAACAGGACGAGCCGAUGGACUUGAGCGUACGAACUGGCCAAAGUUCCACUGAGCCGGCGAACAAUAACGAACAGAGGACGGAUGAUGAACAGAGGACGUGCACACCGCUCGAUUUGAGGACGUACUCAGAACCACCCGUACAACGACAAAGUGGAUCUGCCGUCGCGCAACCGAGACGACCUGGCGCAGUAGUCGCGACUUUGCCGGCCACGAUGAUGAAUCAAGAACAGGUACGUCGACGGUCCGAUUUUGCCGAGGAUGCAGUCACGGAGGAGCCGAUUCCGGGCUCGGAUUCCUAGCUCGCGUGGCUGGCGGCACGCCCGUCUCGAUCGGAGGCAACCGAAGCCAUGGAGGAAGACGACCGUCGCAGAAUGUUCCUUAUGCUCUGCUGCUGAGCGAGCUCGAAUUUAGCGAAACAUACACCGGAAGCGCGUACAAGAGAUCCGAGCCGGGCGAGACUCCGCGGACGGCAGUUCUAGUGACCGGGGAAUUGCGACCUUGAGCUUUGCAGUAGCUCCAAGUGACUCAACCGCGCCAACUCGCCGUCCUCGUCGGAGAUUUCGCUCGGAAAUACAGUCAACGUUACCCUAAAGUUCUAAAUGGCUUACUAAUGCGGUUUACGUCAAUGCACGGGCCUGAACAUGGCGUACUCGCCGCGAGAUCUCGUCACGCUGACCAUCUCGCAGAAUACUCCGGCGAUCGUCGCCUUCUGAUCAGUCCUAAUCCGCGUCGCCGACGAACAGGACUUGCUGACUGGCCAAAGCUCCGAAGUGAGCCGGCGAACAAUGACGAACAAGGACGGAUGAUGAGGACAUUGCUCGAUUUAAGGGUAAGAAGCUGCUGGGACAAGAUGGAGACUGUCGGUGGAAUCACAGCUGACGCAGUAAGUUAAGGACUCGGCGCGUGUCAGAGAAGGCAUUAACCUUCUUAACUUACGAGCUGUCAGGAUUGCGUCCGAAUUCGAGAUCGCUUAACAGCAAAGUGUAAGAGAUGUUUUAAGAUGUGCCAACCUCGGCGAUCGAGGCGUGCGCUCAUGAAGCCGAAAGGCGCAUCAAGUUCUCGUGGCGUUCUAUGAGGAAUAGCCGUUUCCUGAUAACCAUCUGAAGUAAAGAACGAUAUGUAUCAAAAUCGAGAUUUCAAGACAAGCAAUCAGUAUCGCGGAAAAGGCCAUAGCACUUCUCGAUUCUUCCGGAUCUCGGUUUUGCAUCUUGAUUCUGGUCUGAUUUUGUACAUAGAUUAUCCGGAUUAUCCGGGUGAUCAGAUGUUCGAAGAUUUUGGAGCCCCAAUGCGAAGUAGAAAUAAGUGAAAUAACGGUGAGAUAGUAGUUAUAAUCGAGCGAAUGUGUUCACUUUGUUUAUAGGCGCGAAUGAAAUAACGGAAAUCUCGAGAGCGCGUAUCUGAUAUGUACGUUAUUUAUUGGAGAAUUGUUUUCAUUCUUCAUACGCAUCUGUUGUUCAUCGUUAUCGUAAUCAUAGCGAAGGAUUCCGCGCGGACGCGGAAUCGUGCGUGCGCGAGGAGAGACUGGGAGAAUAUCAUACGUGCUCGUUUCCGUCAAGGCCGGUUAAACUUCAACCCCGAGUUCGUUUGCCUUUGACUGAGGGAAAAAAUUGCACCGAGAGAAAUAUUCGAUCAUGUCUGAUCGGAUAAUCCAAUUAAAUAGUAACAUAAUCGAUGUGUCCGAUCAUUUUGUCAUUUCAUCCGAUCAAGUUGUGCCUUUAUCCGAUUAAAGUUUAACCGAUGUUGAUAGGAACGGGCGUUAGUCGUGUAUAGUGAGCUAGAUCCGCGAAUAUACCGGCCAGUAGCGAGAAGUGCCUUAAUCUAAUAUAUUUAUAUAGUUAUAUCGUCGCGCGCAUAUACACCGACGCACAAGUAUAUCGCGACAUUAGGCAUUACAAAAUAUCGCGUAGGAUUCUUAUUGUUAUUAUUCCGGACGAAACGCGUUAGAGAGCGCGAGCGUGGCGUGGUAGACAGCAUACUAGUCUACUAUGCUAGAGGUCCCGAGUUUCGAUCCCCGGCAGAACCAGAAAAUUUUCAUACGCUCGUAGCUCCUCUUCGGUGACCCGGCAAACCACCAGGAGUAACCUCAUGCCAAGAAAAGCUCCCCUCCAACUCCUCUCUAACUGCCGUUCGGAUCCGGCGUUAAACUUAGGUCCCAUAUGCAUUUAUACAAUCUGUGUGCGCACCAUAUGCAUAUGUAAGAGGAGUGUAAGAAGAUGUAAGAGGAAGGGAGGUCUUUGUCCCCCAGAUUGGGAGUUGGGCGUAGGGCUGACAACCCACCCCGUUAAAACUUAUCCUGUUACAAAAAUUCUCAGCAAAACUAUUGUUGAGAAUGGCCCUGGUUCUGAGAAGGAGGACCGUUGCGCCGGUAAAGCAAAGCAAACGCGUUAGAGUUGAUUCUUGAAAAAAAAAAAAAGAUAAAUGAUGCUAUUUUCGCACAGCUUCAACGACUUCGCAACCAUUAUAGUCAAAGAACGCGGAGCAAUACGUCUCGUGAGCUUACGUCACGACUAAAUGAUAAAAUGCUCCGCGAUUGCUCCGCGUUCUUUGACUAUAAUCGUUGCGAAGUCGUUGAAACUGUACGAAAAUAGCAUCAUUUAUCUCUUUGCUAUAUUUUUUUUCAAGAAUCUAACGCGUUUGGUCCGGAAUAAUAACAAUGAGAAUCCUACGCGAUAUUUUGUAAUGUCUAAUGUCGCGAUAUACUUGUGCGUCUCGUGAGCUUACGUCACGACUAAAUGAUAAAAUGAUCGAUGAUAAGGAUGCUUAUACGUACAUGUAUAUAAUAUAUAUUUUCUACGGAUAUUGAGAACAGCGAGCACGAGUGUGGCAUAAUGAGUAGCGCACUGGUCUACCAUGUAUUCGAUCCCGGAAUAUAAUAGAAGCCAAAAUAUUUACACUCGUAUGUCCUCCCAUAGGGCAGUGGCAAACCAUCGAGAGAGUAUUCUUCGCCUAGUAAAAAACCCCUUUAAAAACGUUGCCGUUCGGAACCUGUAAAAUUAAACCGAACGCUGGCCACAGAUACUAGAAGAGAAGAUUGAAAAUCAGUAAACUUUUUUGAAAUCAUCACUCCCUGUCCGUUUACAUCUCGGUGAGCGAGUUCUUUGCCUGAUGAAAACAAACUCAAGGAACAUUUUAAAAUUCUCCUAUAAAUAUAUUGAUUUUUUCCGAUCACAGUAAAAGGAUCAGAGGCAUGGAUUUUUGCCACGCUGGUGCUCUAUAAUUAAUACUUUGGAUUCGUAUUAUCUGCGAGAUAUUAACACAGCGAUAACGGCUACUCAAAUCUCACGUUUCAAAAGAUACAUCCGAGAUAUAUGCAUUUGGUAUGUUCGGAUUUAAAUGAGACAUUGUUAGGUCAGUAAUAUGUUAAAAACAUCAGUAUUCUUUAUUGUAAACCAAAAAAUUUAUAAAUAAAUGGAGGCGGUGUGCGCAAAAUAUAAAAAGAAAUAAAUUUAAAUAACUGUUGAAUACACAUAGCGGAUCAACCUUAGUCCUGAAAUCCAGCAAUAAAGUUCGGCGAAGAGACGUAGCAAAUUUAAUAUAGCGGAACACAAUCCCAAUUCUGAAACCCAGCGAUAAAAUCCA